AUGGGGCUCGACUAUGACAGCUCCAACCCGAGCUACGUGAGCUCGAAGGAGACUGUUUGCCCGUCAAAAUUUGACCUGGACCAAAAUCAAGCCCUUUCAAACCAAGAUGUCGAAUAUCUCUACUUGGAGCUAGAGACACCGCUGCCUACACCCUUGAUCACAUCGCCGCCAGGACCGGGACAGUCUCCGCCGCCAGAAUGCCCCGAUCUCAAGAAAUACACAUCGCCGUUCCUGUGGCCGAAAUGGCGCAAAUCGAUGAUGACGUGGAUUGCUUGCGCUGUCACUGCUUUAGCUGGAUAUUCCGCCGGAGAAGUCAGUCCGCCAUCCACGGAGCUGAGGAAAGAGUGGAACCUCAGUCUGGUUGUGUAUAACGUGUCCAUCACCAUUUUCUGUAUUGGAUUCGCGUUGGCGCCUAUGGUCUUGGCUCCGUUUUCCGAGAUCAACGGCCGCAGGCCCAUUUUCAUUGGAAGUGGCAUCAUCUUCGUUGAGCUGAUCUCGAUCCCAGCAACGUUCUCCACCAUGGUCGGCGGUGUCAUCAGUGACAUCUACCAUGCCGAAGAUCGAAACACCCCAAUGGCCCUGUUUUCAGGCGCAGCGCUGUUCGGAACGGGCCUUGCGCCGCUUCUCUCCAGCGUGAUCACCUACCACAGCACAUGGCGCUGGAUCUACUACUCCCACGCGAUCGUAGCUGGCGUGUUCACGAUUCUGAUCUUCCUGUUCUUCAAGGAAACUCGGGGUAGCGUCAUCCUUAGCAGGAAGGCGGCCGCGUUGAACAAGUAUUACGAGGCGCUUGAGGCCGCGGGUCACUUUGGCGUGAUCAUGGCCGAUAGCCAACCUGGCGAGGAGAAGCGGAAACGGAUAAGAUGGAAGGUCAAAAGUGAUGAACAGCGUCAAUCUUUGGGACAGAUGAUUAGCAUCUCAUGCUACCGUCCAUUCCACAUGCUGUGCACUGAGCCCGUCGUCUUUUUCUUCUCGUUAUGGGCAGCCUUCUCGUGGGCCGUUUUGUACCUGCAGUUCGGCUCUGUGCCUCUAGUCUUCCAGACAAACCAUGGAUUCAACCUGGAGCAGUCGGGUGCCGUGUUCACAUCUAUGUGUGUCGCUGUACUCCUGGCCACGACAAUUAGCAUCUACCAGGAGAAGAUUGCCAUGCGGUUCGGGAAACUUCCGCGGACGCCAGAGGCGCGGCUGUACUUUGUUUGUGUGCAGUCUGUGUUGAUGCCCGUCGGGUUAUUCUGGUUUGGAUGGACGUCGUUCUCGUCCGUCCCCUGGAUUGUACCCACAUUAGCUGUCGGCUGUUCUACGAUGGGUAUUUUGUCCAUUUAUCUCGCUGUCUUCAACUAUCUGGCCGAUACCUACCAUCGGUAUGCGAGUUCGGCCAUUGCAGCACAGUCUUGCUGCCGUAACUUGCUGGGAGGUGUAUUCCCACUGAUCACGAAUGCUUUGUUUACGAAUCUUGGCUAUCCUGCCGCCUCGAGCUUGCUGGGUGGAAUUGGUGCAUUCUUGACCUUGGUGCCGUGGGUUCUCGCGUUCUAUGGCCCGACGAUCCGCGCUAAGAGCAAGAUGGCGAGUGAACUGGCUCAUUAG